UUCGUCCGCCAUUGCUAGGGAGUUAACUUCGGUACUAGACUGAAUCAAGACACACUUUUUCCCUUUCCUCGUGAAAAAAAACUAUUUUAGUGAUUUCGUGUUACUAUUUUUUCAAUUUUCCCCGUAUUCUAUAUUAAAUUUUUGAAUGCGGCAAUGAUAAUGGAGGAAAUAGAAGAAGACAAGUACAUUGAGGUUGAUAAUAAAACAAUUAUUUUGCAUACCAAUCCAUCAGAGUUGCCAAGACUAACGCCAACCGGAAAAAUAAGCUAUGCAAAAACUCGUGUUUAUACACAACGCUAUCGUAAAGAAUGGGAACAAACAACUGACUUUAGAGGAUGGUUGACGUCAGUUCCACACGAACCGACAAGAGCUUACUGCAAAUAUUGUAAAAAAGAUUUGCACGCACAUCGACUCUCAUUAUUGAAGCAUAUGUGUACAAUGAAACAUCAAAGAUCAGCCUUAAUGUUUCAAAAUACAAUGGCAAGGGCGAAGAAUACAAAACUUGAAGAGGGCGAUAUGGAUGUAGAAUACAGCGAAAGUGAAGAAAACAGGGAGGAAAUUGAAGAACUAGAUGAAGAUGUGGAGUACACUAUCGAGGCAUUAGAAUCAGAAGAAGAAAUCAGUUUUCCAGAGCACAAAUACGCACGUGAUAUUAGCAAGGAUGUUGAAAUUAAAGGACCCGUGAAGACAAUUAAAAUCGAAAUGAUGAAUAUGAAACGAGAUAAAUUAGCAGAGGCGAUGGCCCACGUUCACGGCGAAAUAUCCGAAGAGAAUACGGAGCACAUACAACUAGAUAUGGACGUUGCGUCGGAAACUGUUGAAACAUCUGAAUUUGAAGAAAUAACUAAUGAAGAACAAUUGGAUGAGGAGGGACAUAAUUUAAGUUUUGUGUCAUUAAAUAGUGAUGUAGUCGACUCAGAGAUGAAUGAAGAUGAAGAUGAGCAAUUAACAGAACCUAUUGAAUUUGUUGAUUCAAGUUUAUUAAAAGGAACGACUUUAAAGAAAGUCGUUCCACUGAGUAAUACAAUAAAAAUUAAACCGAAUAAUAAAACAGUUCUACUGUCAACUGGCGCUCGGGGUGUGACAUUGGCUCCUGGAAAACUUGCUUCUGGCACGCAAUUUGUUUUGAGUAAUUAUAAACGAAAGGCAAUUGAGACGAAGGAACAGAAUUUUCUUCCGGUUGUGAAGAAAUUUAAAGAGAGUCCCUCUCAACAAGAAGCGAGCACGAGUCAAGCGAAGAAGAUUGUGAAAGGAACUAAACCUGCGACGCCUAUUGUCAAGAAACCGACAAUUUCAACUCACGCUUUAGACAUGACGAAAGGACUUCCGAUUGGAGGUUUACAGGUCAGCCUCUACAAACUUUUGGACGGAAGAUGGACGUUUGUGAACGAAUGCAAUACUUCGCCAGUUGGACGUUGUAAUGAUUUAAUUAACAGCGAGAAGAAUGCCUUGUCAAUUGGACGCUAUAAACUUCAUUUCGAUGUAGACAAAUAUUUCAGUUUGAAGAGUGUGGAAUCUUUAUAUCCAUUCAUUGAAAUUGUAUUUGACGUGAAGAAUCCAGUCCUUUCUUAUCACAUUCCUGUUUUGUUGAGUCCCUUUGGUUACACGACUUACCGCGGAAUGGACAGAUGAGUUUUCUAUAUAUCGUAUUUUCGUUUACAAAAUUUCAUUUUUAUCCAUUUUUCUUUCCUUUUUCUGCUUUUAUCAAUGCUUACUUUCAAUUUUUUCCAUAUUCAAUUAAUUUCCAUGCAAAUUUUCUUUUUUAAUUUCCAUUUAAAUUCAAUUGGUUUAUUUCUAUUUAUUUCCCAUAGAACCAAAAAUAUAAAUUUCAAGAAAAAAAUAUUUAUUAAAUUUUCUUUUAGACAUCUUUAUUAGAGAAUAAUAGGUACCUAAAUA